AUGAAUGAAGCGAAAAAGGCAAGAACUAUUGCUAAAUCAUCAUUUACCCGUAGUGCUAAAUCCAUCCAACGGCUAAUCGAACAAGGACGGCCCGAACCGGAAGUUGUCAAAGCAGGUGGCAUAUUUGAAACAGCCUAUGAGAGAGUACUAUCUAAGCAUGAAGGAUUUGCAAUACUUGUAGAAGAAAAGGAUUAUGAACAGGAAGAAGAAUGGAUGGAAGAUGUGUCAAAAGAAUAUGAUGCUAUUUGUAUAAUGAUAAAUGAUUAUAAAAUAACCAUGGCUCCGAAGAACAAUAUUACAACCGAUAAAGUGGAAAAUCCAGCCAGCUCUCAGGAUGUCGAUGUGGACCCAAACAACACAAAUAUACCAUCUGGAUCAGGCAUUGAUGAGACUGCAGAAUCUGUACCACCAGGGGAGACGGAACCCACUGUUACAUUGGAAUUAUCACCUGACAACCAAGCUGCCGCAACUAAUUUUUCCACUUAUGCUGCACCCUCACCCAGUCCAACUUCCAUGAAAUUGAGAACAGAGAGAGCACCGCUUCCUAAAUUUGAUGGAAAUGUUCGAAAUUAUCUGGAUUUUCGUAGAGAUUUCAAAUUUUUGGUGGAAAAGCAAUACACAACUCAGGAAGCCCUUUAUGUUCUUCGUAGCUGCCUGGACAAAAGCAGUGCCGACCUGAUAAAAUGCAAGGAGGACUACGAUGCUGCAUGGGAAAAAUUAGACCGAGAGUAUGGCGACCCGAGAAUUGUUUCUGAUGUCCUGCUGUCUGACUUGGAGAAAGUAAAGCCAGUGGAUGAAUUUGACUAUGCACACUUUGUUCAGUAUCAUGCUUUAAUUGAGAAGAUAUUCAGCAUGCUGACGAAACUGAAUCGACCCGGAGAUUUGGAUAAUACAACAACACUGAGUGCCAUGGAGAAAAAAUUAUCAAGGAAUGACCGUCUAAAGUGGGCAGAUUACCAAGAAGAGAAGGGGGUAACUCCAAAAAUUGAAAACUUUCUAAAAUGGAUGGAGAAGGAAGUACGAAAGAGAAAGAUUGCUGGAGCCGACAUUCGUUCCCAGAGAACAAUUUCUCGAAGUGCUGACAACAAAGGCUCAGUAAAUACCAUCACAUUGAAAGGUGAGAAGGGUACCAGCACGGGUACCAGCACGGACAAACUCGAUUCAAGGACUGAGAAUCCAGGUGAAGUAUUAGGUGAGGGCAACCAAUCACCAACACAACCACCACCACCACCACCACCACCAACGUUUCAGCAUUGUUGGUUAUGCAAACAGCCCCACCAGUUGGACACAUGCCAACGGUUUCUGAGUAUGACCCCUACUGUUCGUCUCACAGAGGUGAGGAAAGCUCAUGCAUGUUACUUUUGUUUAAAAAUUCAACGCAACCCAUGUAGAAGAAAGAAAAAGUGCACGUUGCUAAGAGACGGUGAAGCAUGCAAGUUCAGUCAUCACCCCUUGCUCCAUGGAGCGCCAUUUGAGCGAAUGUCCAAUAACAAUGUAGCUGUCAUUGCGGGAGGAGAAAGCCUGCUCCCAACCUUGGAAGUCAGUGCAAUAAAUUCUAUAUCCAAACAGAAAGCUAAAGCAAAUAUCCUGUUUGAUGGAGGAUCUCAAUUAACUUUAAUCAGAGAACAAUUUGCCCAAAACCUAGGAUUGCAUGGUGAGAGCAUUGGCAUCCGUAUAAGUAAAGUUGGGGGGACCAAAGAGUUGCUGCAAACUAAGAUCUACACUCUCCAGAUUCGUUCCCUUGAUGGUGGCCCGAAAUUCGCGUUGAAAGCUGUAGCUAUCCCUCUGAUAAGUGAAAACGUCAGGGCGGUUCGUAUUGAGAAGUAUGCAAAGUUGUUCAAGAUUGACGCCAAGCGACUUCACCGGGGUUCUGGAGCAGUAGACAUCCUCAUCGGCAUCGACCAUGCUCGACUCCACGGGGGCAACACGCUAGUCAAUGGAAAUUUUGCUGUGCGGCAAUCCCCUCUUGGGGCGGUAGUUUUUGAAGCCGGUCCGGAUGGUUUAUGUUCAGUAAACCGCAUCCAUCUUGUUCGACUUAAUGACCCAGUUGAUCUAACUUCUUUCUGGUCCACUGAGCAAAUGGGAGUAGAAGUGAACCCUUGCUACACCAAGAGAACACCAGGGGAGAAACUGCUUAGCUCUAUCGAGAAGGAAGAGGCGAAGAUUAUUCGCGACAGUGCUGUAAAGGUCGGACAACAAUGGAUGAUCCCUAUACCAUGGGCAAAGGAUCCAAAUGAACUUCCGGACAACUAUAGACAAGCUUUGGCUAAAUUGAAAAGUAUUGAAAAGCGGCUCUUAAAGAACAAGGAAAAUGCAAAAAUGUAUGAUGAUCAAAUAUUGGAAAUGGAAAACAUGGCCACGCAAAGAAGCUCACGCAAAGGGACAUAGAACAACAUAAAGGUCCAGUGCAUUACAUCAGCCAUCACGCCGUUAUCUAUCCCUAUCACAGAAUAGGGCCUGACACAAAACCUAUCUAAAGUGUGGGAUUCCCGUCCACCUGGUGGACGGGAAAUCUGAUUGGUUGAUCAGCGUCAUGAAGGAUUUUGAUUGGUUGCAAAUUCACAUAAACAACAGUUUUAAAAAUAGCUCGGUCAAGGCGACAAUUAAUAUAAAGGUCAAACGCACGUACAGAUUCUAUUAUCGAUUUCUUCGAAUUUCUUUUUCUUUUAUGAUUUAUGGCAGAAAAUAAAUCAAACAAACAGUAUUUUAAAAGGGCUUUAUCAAAAUCUUGGACGAAUUUUGGACACACGACGCCGGAAGAACAGCCAAACUAAGUCAUGUGUUCGAAAGCUUGUUGUUGACAGGAUGUUCUGCCAAAUUGCUUCGCCGGCAAAAGUCUUAUUUCUAAAAUCAGGUCCUACCGGCGUUGUUUUCUGAGCUACAUCGCCUUCUUCGUGGUAUGAUUGAGAAUUUAAUUGUUGCUGUUAUUAGCCCGUUAGUCGUUAGAGUAUAUCCGCGUCCAGCAAGUUGAGACCUUGAGAAAGCUUGGCAGUCAAGCCGUGCACAGAACUGACUAAUUAAAUCUUUGUUUGCUGUUCGCCUGUUCGGUUAAAUAGAGAGACUGACUCUUAAUUAUAUAAAAGUACCUUGAAUUUUUAAGUUUAAUUAAAAAGCAAAAUGCUCUGCGGACAUGUUCAUGAGAAUAUAUUUUUUUUGUGUAACGAAAUCCCUAUAUCUAUUCUGUGAACGAAAUCUACAACACUUGUCAAUCAUAUUGCACGUGUGUCUAAAAAUAACAUGUGGGCGUCCCACGGUCUAGACAGGUUUUUUGUCAGGCCCUAUUUCAAAUUAGGGCCUGAACUUCAGGUUAGCCGUUAUCAAACUAGAAAAGAAGUCCACUCCUUGUCGCGUUGUCUUUAAUGCUGCCGCGAAAUACCAUGGUCAUGUUCUCAAUGAAUACAUGCUCAAAGGGCCAGAUCUCCUCAAUGAUUUAGUUGGAGUCCUCUUAAGAUUUCGGGAAAAUUAUGUUGCAAUCUUGGGGGAUGUCUCAAAAAUGUACCAUCAAGUUCUUGUUGAUCCUGUUGUAGAUGCACAUUCCCAUCGGUUCCUCUGGCGAAGUUUUGAAAACCGUGAACCAGACAUUUAUGUUAAAACAGUUCUCACGUUCGGUGAUAAGCCUGCUCCACCCAUGGCAAAUACAGCAAUGGAUCUCACAGCUGAAGAGAACGCUGAAAAUUACCCAGACGCAGCAACAACCAUCAAAGAGUGUCGAUACAUGGAUGACAUUGCCGACUCAGUUACCUCGAUUGGUGAAGCUGUUAAACGUACGAAUGAGAUUGAUCACGUUCUCAGUACAGGACACUUCAAAAUCAAAGAAUGGAUUUCUAAUGCAGAUUUAUCAGAAUGUCGUCCAGUGGACCACAUUGCAGUGCACAAAGUACCAGUGAGAUCGAAAAAAAAACACUCCUGAAGGAACCACUAGUAUUAUAUCAGGAGAGAAAGCCCUGGGAGUGGCCUGGAAUCGAGAGUUGGAUUUGUUGUCUGUAUCAGUAAACAACCCCAAAGUUCUUAUGGCCUGUAAAGUUGAUGGUGUAGAGUGGACAAGGCCAAUUAAACUGACAAAGCGGAUGGUGUUGAGCAUAAUCUCUGGGAUAUUCGAUGUAUUUGGAUUUGCAGCCCCUUUGAUUAUUCGUGCCAAGAUUGGUAUUCAAGAGCUGUGGAAGGGAGGAUAUGAGUGGGAUCAAGAUCUACCCCAACAAGUGAAAGACAACUGGUACAAAUGGUUUGACGAUUUAUCAAAGCUUAAAGAUGUUACCUUUCAACGAUGCUUGACCCCAGAAGAUGUGUUGGGAAAGCCAAUCCUAAUAAUUUUCAGUGAUACUUCAGAAAAGGCAUUUGGAGCGGUGGCCUACAUAAGGUGGAGAUUGAUGGAUGGUUCCUUUGCAGUUAGGUUCAUCAUGGCAAAGUCGCGAGUCGCUCCAGUGAAGGAAUUAACAAUGCCAAAACUUGAACUGCAAGCAGCAGUAAUCGCUUGCAGACUCAAUCAUACUAUCCGAAGUGAAUGCCGCUUGGAGUUUCAGAAGACAAUAUUUUUCUGUGAUUCCAUGAUUGUUUUAGCUUGGAUUCAAAAUGAAACACGUUCCUUCAAAGUCUUUGUCUCCGUUCGUGUUGCCGAAAUCAAGGUUAAAUCAGACCCAGCAGAUUGGCGUUAUUGUUCAACUGAUUUAAAUGUUGCAGACGAUGUAACCCGAGGUUUGUGUGUCGAAAAUCUGUCCGGUCGCUGGAAACACGGAGAAGCCUUUCUUCUUCAGCAAGAAGAUCAGUGGACAUCAAUGCAACUGAGUCAGGACAAUGAUGCAAAUGACAUGCUUAUCGAAUGCCGUAAAGUCAAUGUUGUUGUUAAUUUACCAGCCUGCUGUCCCCUGAUGCAGUUUACCAAGCGAUUCUCCAAGUACAGGCGGGCAGUUCGAGUCCUGGCG